AUGAGAAUCAGUGCAAGUGUCAACGUCAAUGAUCAUGCGCAGGUCCAAGCAGCACCCACGGAUGCAGGCAAGGCGGACUGGCGUAGUAAAGCAAAGCCCAUCAAGGAGGGCAGCACCUACCCAGCCAAGCAGUUCUGCAGUCACUGCGGCCUCUGUGACACCUACUACGUUGCGCAUGUGAAAGACGCUUGCGCAUUUCUUGGCGAUGGGAUGUCUAAAAUCGAGAGCCUUGAGGAACAAGUUCACGGCCGCAGAAGGGACUUGGACUCGCUGGAUGACUUGCAUUUUGGGGUGCACGAGGACAUGAUGUACGCAUUAAACACCCCGCCGGUGCCGGGGGCGCAAUGGACUGGAAUAGUGACUCAGAUCGCCAUCGAGAUGCUGGAGAGCGGCCAAGUAGAGGCAGUGGUGUGUGUGCAGAAUGACGAGGCCGACCGUUUCUCCCCCAAACCUUUUGUGGCUCGCUGCAAGGAGGAUAUCUUGAAGGCCAAAGGAGUGAAGCCAACGCUAUCCCCAAACCUCAAUACACUGGCCACCGUGGAGGCUCUUGACGUCAAGCGGCUGCUCUUCAUCGGCGUGCAGGCGCUGCGGUCAGUCGAGAAGUACCUGGGGCUGGAGGCGCUGUAUGUACUUGGCACUAACUGCGUGGACAAUGGGCCCAGGGAAGGCCUGGAGAAAUUCCUGAAUGCGGCCAGCUCUGAUCCUGACACAGUUCUGCACUAUGAGUUCAUGCAGGACUACAGGGUGCACAUAAAGCACCUGGACGGCAGCUUUGAGUAUGUCCCGUAUUUCUGCCUGCCCGCAAAUGACCUCACGGAUGUCAUCGCCCCAUCCUGCUACUCCUGCUUCGACUACCCCAACGCCCUCGCAGACCUGGUAGUGGGCUACAUGGGCGUUCCCUACUACGGCACAGACAUGACCUCGCACCCGCAGUACAUCACCGUCCGCAACGCGCGCGGCCGAGCCAUGAUGGACGCCGUGAAGCCGCGGCUCAAGAUCCUGCCGACAAUGGCGGCCGGGGAUCGGACGCCGUUUGUCAUGCAAACCGUACUGUCAGACGAUGCCGGGAAGCUAGGGACUGCUCCCAACCCGGCGCCCAGAUUCGUGGGCAACGCGAUUGCGAAGGUGCUGACGUGGCUGGGCCCCAAGGGGCUCGAAUUUGGGCGCUAUUCCAUCGACUACCACUACAUUCGAAACUGGAUUUAUGUCAAUCGCCACAUGGGGCCGGCCCGCGCGCAGCGUCACACCCCCGAGUUUGCCAAACGCCUUGUUGCCAUGUACAAUGAGAAGGGCGAAAUUGACGCCAGGUGA